AUGAAAAUUCCCUUCGUUUAUCAAUCGUUAAUUUUGAUCAAUUUAAUAAACAUUUUCAACAUAAUCGAUACAUUGAAAACUUCUGAUCUUCUAAAUAUUAACCGUCAUCAUGAUGGAUUAUCUAAAUCUUUUCCAUCAUCAACUCCAUCAUUGAAAGGACAAGUUAAAAACUUGGAUGAAAAAUAUUUUUCACAAUAUAUUGAUCAUUUUAGUAGAAGAUAUAAAUUUCAACAACGUUAUCUAAUAUCAACUGAAUAUUGGAAAUCACCAAAUGGUCCAAUUUGGUUAUGGACUGGUAAUGAAGCUGAUUCAUAUGAUUCGGUUGAAAAAGUUGGUCUUAUUUGGGAUAAUGCUGAACAAUUUCAAGCAAUGGUUUUAUUUUUAGAACAUCGUUAUUAUGGUAAAUCAAUGCCAUUUGGAAAUUAUACAACCAGAAGAUUAUCAAAUUAUCGUUAUUUAAAUGUUGGACAAAUAUUAGCUGAUUAUGCUAGUUUUAUUGAUCACAUUCGUAUGACUAUUGAUGGUGCACAAUUAAGUCCAGUUAUUAUAAUUGGUGGUAGUUAUGGUGGUAUGCUUGCAGCAUGGUUUCGUAUAAAAUAUCCGCAUCUUUCUGUCGGUGCAUUAGCUUCAUCGGCACCAUUUCUACAUUAUCCAAAUAUUUAUGAUUGUGAAAAUUAUUAUCGUAUUGUUACGGAAAAUUAUUCAAAUUAUUCAAAAAGUUGUUCAAAAUCAAUAAAACAAUCAUGGCCAGCAAUACGUCGUUUAGCCGAAACGAAAGUUGGACGAGAAUUUCUUACUAAACAAUUUAAUUUAUGUAAAAUAUUAUCACCUGAACAAUUAGAAUCAUUAAUUCAUUAUAUAGCAUUUGUAUGGGCAGUAUUACCAUUGAAGGAUAAUUCAAGAUCAUCAUAUCCAAUCAAAAAAGUUUGUAAAUAUUUAACCGAACCAAUUUCAAAUGAUGGAAAAUUAAUAAAAUCGAUUGCUAAAGCAUUAUCAGUUUAUAAUGAAGAAAAUAAACAAUGUAAACAAUUAGAUGAAAAUAAUAAUAAUAAACAUUUCAAAAUAGAUCCAUGGGAUAUUCAAACAUGUACAGAAAUUCCUUUACCAUUAUGUUCAGAUGGUGUGGAUGAUAUGUUUGAAUUAAAUGAAUGGACAAUAGAAAAAUUUUCAAAUUAUUGUCAAAAAAAAUAUGGUAUCAAUCCAGAUCCAUAUAAACUAUUAAAAAAAUAUGGUGGUAAAAAUAUUCGUCAUAAAGCAACAAAUAUUAUAUUCAGUAAUGGUUUAAAAGAUCCAUGGAGUGCUGGUAGUGUACUUGAAUCAUUAUCCGAUACAUUGAUUGCAAUCAAAAUACCUGGUGCUUGUCAUUGUGAAGAUCUUCUUUCAGAAACAUUAAAUGAUACGAAAACAGUAUUAGAUGCACGUGAACAAGAAUUACAGAUUAUUCGUGGUUGGCUAGAAACAUAUUAUGAAAAGAAAAACAUUGAUUUUGAAUUUUAAACCAUAAAAAAAAUUUGUUUUUCCCAAUUUUGUCUGUCAAUCAAUUCAGUUUUCUGAAAAUUUCAAUAAAUUUUUUUCCAUUUGUUCAAUCUUUGCUCAAUCAAACUUCUUUUUCCAAGAUUUUUGUCAAUUCCAAAACUGAUUUUCACACUUUUUUUCCCUUUUUUUCACAAAAACAAACAAAAGAAAAAAGGAUAAAUCAAUAAUCAUGACCGCAAAUUAUAAUG